AUGGAGGCCGGCGGCCAGGAGGACAACACACUGGUAUGGGCACUGGACCGGCUGCUGGACUUGGACAAGGAGGAGCUGUCCAUGACCGUCCUCGCCAGCCUGCUGCCGUCGGUGGUGGGCAGCGCCGAGGACCUGCCAGACGUGACGCGCGCCAAGCUGUGCCUGCGCCUGCUGGAUGCGGAGCUGGCAGCGGGACGCAUGGACGAGGCUGUGCUAAGCUACCUGCAGAAGCUGGCGGGCUGCGACGUGGCCGCGGUGGCCAAUACAGCCGUCGUCUGGCCCUCACCGGAGCUCAUCCUCUUGGUGAAGACUGAGCUGGGCAUCCAGACGUGGCGGGACCUCAAGCUGCCAGUGGAGGAGGCAGAGGUGGUGCUGAACAGGCUGUUUGCAGGGAACAACACGCAAGAGUCGUACACCAGGUACGACCAGCUCAGGGCCGCGCUGCGCAGUCCUGUGCUGGCUGCGGCUUUAAAUGAGCAGUUCCCCUUCCAGCGCUCAAUGGGCUCGGCCACCUACUUUGUGCACAAGGCGCUCGUGGCGAUGCCACGCUCCCUGCUGCUGGCCAUCCAAGAUGACGUACAAGUUGGGCGCUACGAGAUUGGCGUCGGCGCCAAGCGAGGGGCGGCAGCGUUGCAGGACCUGGGUGUGGGGCUGGCCGAUCUGGAGCAGCAGGGCGGCCAGGACCCACUGCCGGAGAUGCUCCAGCACGCUGCCGCCGCUGUAGCAGCAGCGGGUGGUGUGCCUCCUGGGCGGCACAUGCGGUGGACCGAAAGCCCAGCGGUGCAGCACCCCAUGCCUGAGAUGGAGCCUGCAAGGAUCCAGCAGCACGUGCCACUGGCGCAGCCGACGCCCGCCAGGCAGCAAGGGCGACAGCAAGGCCGGCGCGCUGCAGCUGUGCAGGGGCACGAGCAGGAGGACCAAGAGGGUGGCAAGCGCCGUCGCCCGCGACUGAAUUGGACCGCUGAGGAGGAGACGGAGCUGAUUGAUUUGGUCAAGCUGUUCGGCCGCGGCAGCUGGAUCGAGAUCAGAGACAAGGGGGCAGGGGUGUUUGACCCUCUCCGCACGGCGGUGGACCUGAAGGACAAGUGUGUGCUGGCCCUCUAUCUGCGCUGGCAACUGAUGGCCCCUGCUUUGGCUUGCUGCCUGUGGCGCAACCUGGUGAAGACAAAUAAGAUCGAGCCGCAGACGCUGCAGGAGGUCGAGAUGCGGGAAGCUGAAAUCUGCGAUAACCUGCGAAAGCAGAAGCGCGUGGGGCGGCCACCCAAGUUUGUGUCACCCAAGCCCAAGCGCCGGCGGCUGGGUGUCCCCGCUGUCGAAGAUGUUGACGAUGAUGAUGAUGAUGAUGAGGAGGAGGAAGAGGAGGACCCCGUGGAGGAUGCAGAUGAGGGUGGCGAGGAGGACGAAGCAGGCGACAAGGAGACAUCGGCAGAGGACGAAGACCAGCAGGAGGCGCGAUCUCAGGAGGAGGAAGAGGAGGAGCAGAAGCCCCAGCCGCGGCGAAGCAGCCGCCUUCAGCACUAG